GCUCUGGUCACAGAUAUCUCUCAAGAUCAGCAACUGGAGGGAGGAAAAAAAAAAAACUACUUUGAAUUAUUAAACACUGAGCCCUACUUAUCACAAUGCAUUGCCUGAAAAGUCUGAGGACAGCUAACCCGGGAAUCCUGCAGCUAUUUAAAAAUGCAGGGAUCUCUGCCAGAGUUGGAGCUGACAGCAUGGUUUUGUCCAGAACUCAGCAACCUGUUCCUCUCCCCUGCUGGGUCGCAGCAUCACCCCACACCCACAGAGCCUAUCAUCAGCAGCAGGGCCCUGAUGUGGACCAAGGACACUCCAAAAGUAGGUUGAUGUCCAGCAUGGAGGACCUGCUUUUCUACACCAUCACUGAUGGCAAAGAGAUGAUCCCUCUCUCCCAGUUCAUCUCUGCUUUGAGAAAAACAGGCUUGUUAACAUCUGAUCCUCGGCUCCGUGACUGUGUCUAUCAGAUGCGACAAUCCACCCAUGACUCCAUCGGGCCAGUCAUGAUGGACAAAAAACUUUUCAGAAGGUGUGUCGGCAACAACAUCAUGCUGCUGACUAAAGCUUUCAGAAAAAAAUUUAUCAUCCCUGACUUUGAAAAGUUUGUCCACCAGAUCGAUAAGAUGUAUGACAAUGCACAUCGGCAGGAAGGAGGACAAGUCGCUGAUUACAUUCCACAGCUGGCUAAGUUCAGCCCUGAUCUCUGGGGUGUAUCUCUGUGCACAAUCGACGGACAGAGACACUCAGUGGGUGACACCAAGGUUCCCUUCUGUCUGCAGUCAUGUGUGAAGCCUCUGGAGUAUGCCAUCGCUGUGCACGAGCUUGGCAGUGACCAUGUUCACCAGUUUGUGGGCAAAGAGCCCAGUGGACUCAAGUUCAACAAACUGUCACUAAAUGAAGAAGAUAAACCACACAACCCUAUGGUGAAUGCUGGAGCUAUUGUCAUCAGUUCUUUAGUUAAGCCUCAUUCAAAUAAGGCUGAGAGGUUUGACUACGUGAUGGAGUUCUUGAAAAGUAUGGCUGGUACAGAGUAUGUGGGCUUCAGCAAUGCAACUUUUCAGUCAGAGAGGGAGACCGGUGACAGGAAUUAUGCAAUUGGGUACUACCUCAAAGAGAAAAAGUGCUUUCCUGAAAAUGCAGAUAUGAUUGCAGCUCUUGACUUUUACUUUCAGCUGUGCUCCAUAGAGGUAACAUGUGAGUCAGGAAGUGUCAUGGCUGCCACACUGGCCAAUGGGGGUAUUUGUCCAAUCACAGGCAACCAUGUGCUGAGCGCUGAGGCAGUUCGCAACACCCUGAGUCUCAUGCAUUCAUGCGGCAUGUACGACUUUUCUGGACAGUUUGCCUUCCAUGUGGGCCUGCCAGCUAAAUCCGGUGUUUCAGGUGCUGUACUACUGGUGGUCCCCAAUGUCAUGGGUAUGAUGUGUUGGUCCCCACCGUUAGAUCGGCUUGGAAACAGUGUUCGUGGCAUUCACUUCUGUCAGGAACUGGUGUCUUACUUUAACUUCCACAAUUACGACAACCUGAGGCACUUCACUAAGAAACAUGACCCGAGAAGGCGAUCAGAUGAUUAUGAGGAUCCGAACAAGUCAGUGGUAAACCUGAUGUUCGCAGCAUACAGUGGCAACAUCUCUGCUCUGAGGAGGUUUGCCCUUUCAGCUGUGAACAUGGAGCAGAGGGACUAUGACUCUCGCACAGUGCUCCACAUCGCUGCUGCAGAAGGUCAAGUGGAAGCUGUAAUCUUUCUAACUGAAAUAUGUAAAGUGAAUCCCUACAUGAAAGACAGAUGGGGGAAUACACCCCUAGAUGACGCCAUGCAGUUUGGCCAUGAUGUUGUUGUUUCGCUCCUGCAAGAGUAUCAGCGUGCAUAUGGCGACAGCGAAUCACUGAGCACGGAUGAGCAGAAUGCCGCACUGGAUACACUGAAGAGCAUUGUCUAAAACUACUAGGAAUCACGAGAGCUUGCAAUGGAAAAUUUGUCUUUUUUUUUUUAAAUUAUGUGCCUGACAGGAAUGAAAGAGAAGUGAGACAGAGCUGUGAUGAAUGAAUUUGUUUAGCUGAAAUGUGACAGAAAUGCUACGUGAGCAUCGCCUUAUAGACUCAUGAAAGCCUGUAUCUUUUUGCAGACUGAAGGUUUGUAUCAGAAAAGCACUAUACAAACAAGCAAUGUCACACUUGUAUGGAGAGAAAUUACAUUAAUUUAUAUUGUGAUUUAGACUGUGUUGAAACUUAAUGAGAUGUAAAUAUCUAAAGUGCGUAUUUAUUUUUAACGGCAAAAUAUUGUAUUAUCUGCGUUAUUAGUUUGUAAUUUAUUAGGGAGUUUUGCUUCCAGUGGAAUAACUGUAAAUACUCCUAGAAAUGCUUUAAUAAUUAUUUUACCAUGACAGGAUGUGAUUUAUAGUCAUGGUUAAAAGAAGGUACACCUUAUUUAAAUUCUGAGGUUUUACAUAGCAGGACAUAAUAAAAAUAACCUAGUAACAAAAAGAAAACACAAAUCCAGAAGCUGUGUGUGAAAAACUACAUACAACCUUACUGCUUCCAUAAGAAAUAAGAGGGUAAGUAGCAACUUGGUGCACUUGAUUAACUAAUCAGCAAGCGUGAGCACCUAUAUAAAAGCAGACAUUUUGGGCAGUUUGCUGGUCUGGAGCAUUCAGGUGUGUGUUUACACGCUGCCAAGGAGGAAAGACAUCAGCAAUGAUCUUAGAAAUGCAACUGUUAGUGCCCAUCAAUCUGUGAAGGCUUAUAAGGUCAUCUCCAAACAAUUUCAAGUCUAUCACUGUACAGUGGCCAGUCUUCCUGUCAAACCAUGCAAUGCUCAGAGAAAUUGCUAAAAUCCAAGAUCUACAUCUCAGAAUAAACAGGCAUGUUUAAUGUUAAAGUUCAUGACAGCACAAUUAAAUAAAGACUGAACAUGUAUGGCUUGUUUGGAAGGUUUGCCAGGUGAAAGCCUUUUCUGUCUAAAACAGGACACGGCAGCACAGCUUAGGUUUGUAACAUUUCAUCAAACAAACCACCCACAAAUGUCCUUUGGGCAUAUGAGACCAAAGUGGAGGUGUUGGCGGAGGAGCUCUGUGCGCCUUGCUAUCAUUGAAUACCAAAGUAUUCUAGAGUCAAAUGUGAAGCCAUCUGUCUGACAGCUAAAGCUUGGCUGAAACUGACUCAUUAAACAGGACAAUGAUCCCAAGCACAACAAAUCUACAACAGAAUGGGUCUUCUCCCAGACCUUGGCUGAGUGCUGACACAUCUGAAUAACUUGUACUUAGGUUCAGUUGUUUGAACUGAUGGUCCUGAAAUCUGCAGUUGUUUAAACCUUUCCAACUUGUGUAAAUCUACAGUUCUCCUGCUUAGGUCUUCCCUGAGUUUCUGGGACUUCUCUGUUGUUCUGAGUAUUGGUGUCAAAUAAACCCUUUAUAUGCUGGCAAAGAGAAACUACUAGUUUCUCUGCCAAUCAUGAUCAUUAAUGAGAAUCUAAUAGGUCUUGGCCUUGCAGAACCUUCAGCACCACUUAUUGAAAAUUUUAAGUGAGUGUAUGUAUAUAUUGGAACCUGUGGGUAUACUUUUGACCCUAUGUCGAUUAGAGAAAAUCCAAAAUAACUUCAAACUUGUGCACCCAAUUCUUGUUUUAAAGUCAUUAACGAUGUAUGUUGUACAGUCAUUCCACCUCAUAUCAUUAUCCUGGUAAUAUUCAGAUUUCUGAUCAUCUAUGUGCAGCUGUGUCUUGAUUUAUCACUUUCUCAGCCACUGAGGUGCUCAGAAACAGUGAUAAGGAUUUGACAUGUCACACUGCUCAAGUUUUUGCUGAAAUACUUUAGGUGGAUUGUCCUGUUUCUCAAAACCAGGGUAAGCUGUUUAAAUGUGCAACACAUGAACAGGAUAUUAGUGCCCAUGAGAAACACACUGUUCUUUGUCUUCAGUUUACUCUGCUGAUACACUGUGAUGUGGAUUUUUUUUUUUUUCAAGCUCAAAAAAACACUUUUUGUUUGUGUAUCAAAUAUUUCUAUGUCACAUGCUGGGAACAAUGCAGAGGUUCAGCUGACGCAAGAUAUGUCAUUAAAUGCAAGGUCUGCACAUAAGUGAAACAGGUAUAAUAUGAAUGAAAACGUGUACUUGUCAGUACGCAGACCUUUGAUAAUUGUACCGUGCUUCAUGUGCAAUGUGCAAUUUGAGCUGUUUUCACACACUAACUCUGGAAAAUGUUGGGAGAAUUAAUAUUGGGAUAAAGUCAGAUGUUUUCCUUUCUAAAAUGCAGCAUGUAAUGAGAGACAGUUCAUGACAGUCCUCACUUCUAGAAAUACUCUGGUUUAAGUGAGCGUGCAACCUGCACAGAGUGUGCUGCUGGCAGAUAUAUAAUAACCAGUAUGACUGCGUGGGAUAUCGUAUUCUCACAAAAAAGUUCAUGUGUGAAAACAGCUUUACCUGCAAUAAAAAAAAAGUAGUAUUGUGAAUUGUAUUUUC